AUGAUGAGCUCAUCUCGCCUUCACGACACCGGCGAUAGCUUUCCAAAUCGGCGUGGCCAUGGUAGCCAGCUGUCGAUUUCAGACCCGAGCCACCACGUCACUGAGGCUAUUGGAACACUGUAUGGCGAUAACGACGAUGAUGGCCAUGAUACCCGGCGGGAUAGCCGCCCUCUUAGCUUUGUGGCGUCCCCACACGGCGGGGAACAAUUGCACAAGCCUCUUUUGUAUGAAAUACCACACCGGCUCCCAACGUUGGAAGGAACCAACGUCACAGUCGAACAUCGAAUGACGUCUCGCGUUACUGCCGAUACGAAGCCCACCAUAGACAUUCCCACAUCAAAUGGACAUAAUGGCGGGCCCGAAAAGUCACAAACACUCCCCACUGGCAAGCAUAGCGAGACGAGCGGUUCGCCUUUGGAGCCUUUACUCCCUACAAUGCAACCGUCAUCGCCGCUCUCCCCCACACACCCUCUCCGAGAUGUACAGAACGAUUCUCAAAGUGGCUCGCGAUUUCCCCUCACCAACAUCGAUAACCCCAACGACAUUGCACAGGAACUCAGUAACUUGCAGGCUUUGCGCCGCAUGUCCAUGGAUGUCGGAAACUCGGCAGACCCCGAUCUUGUUCCUUUCCAGGGGCUGUCUUUGAUGGCCAUGCCAUCUAUAGCACCAUCCGGAGAAGACGAUGAGGGGGACAUAUCGAGGCUGUUAUGGGUUCCAGCAAAAGUCCAUCCGGAAUUGGCUCCAGACCAGUUCAAAAGUUUCUUGGAGAAACGCGUUCAGUCUAUCAAAAGACGAUCAGGAGACUCACAACUUGCUACUGACGGCCAGCAGCCAAGAGCGGAUGGUGGUGGGCUAGGACGAAAUAAGUCUAUGCUUUCUCGACAAGUCGAGAGCAAAAGCACCGAGACGAACUGGGGCGGAGCUGGCAAUGACCACAACGGUGCCGGAGACUGGCGUCCGAGGAGAAAGACCUCUGAAACUAGCACCAUUCAAAGUGGCCCCGAACUCAACCUCAAUGACCUAUUGAAUGACUCUACUAAGAUCGUUCAGAGAUUGGCAUUGGAUUCUCAAAGGCAGACAGGUAGUUUGGAUAUGUCUAGUCUUGACGAUAAACCAAUACUGCCUGUUGCAACAAUGGGCUUACGACGGUCCACUCGAACGACGUAUCGCAAAGGCGGUAGCUUACGUUCCGGUGACCGGGUCCCUCUCUCCAGGCGAUCUGCGGGAGCUCGCCAACCUCGAAGAAAUACUGAUAGUGACGAAGGAAGGUCUGCCAGCCAUGCACCGGUUUCGGAACCAGUCCCCCCCGCCGGCCUUGAUCUGCAACACGCCAGCUCUGAGCCUUCGGCACCCGAAAACUUUUCACAUCCCGUUCGGCCUGUUAUGCGACAGCAUCAGCUUGUCUCCCAAGAUGGCGAUGGAUCUGUGGAAGGUAUCUCGGAUCAGCCACCAGCCACGAGAAACACUCCUAAAAAAACUUCGACUACUACGUUACCGGAAUUUGAUACUACACCUCAAAUGUUACCUACGGAGUUUGUUGCUGAAGGAGGACCAAUUGAGUCUCAUGAGUCCCAGCCAGCACCGCAAGUGCUCCCCACCGCAUAUGAUGCUAAGGUCUUCCCAUACCGAUCGUCGUCUCAAAGCAGUUUGAAUCACGGGCCAGCACAGCCAAGUAUAAUGUUUGAUGCACCGCAAUCGCAGUCUGAUAACGGUUUACAGCAAGAACAAAACCGACCACAGCAGUCUCGGCAGCACCCUCCACCAAAGUCCAUUAAGGGCCCGUCUUUCGGUAGAUCUUCCUAUCAGAGUUCCGACACCUCUUCAUCUUCCGGACCCGAUACUACGGCAGGCCAGGCAUUGAAUGGCAUGGUUAACCUUUCAUUCGCCGUUCCCGGACAUAGCUCCUCGCGGACUGACGGUCUAUCAGUUAUCCCAACUCUUCCGGUUGACGACAGAAAGGCAGAUAAAAAACUGCGAGACAAGGAGGAGACCGAGGGCGGGAAGUCGACAGGUUGGAAGUGGUUCAAGAGCGACGAGAGAGAGAGGAAGAAGAAAGGGAAAGACAAAGAACGAGAUCGAGAGAAAGAAGACCAGGCCAAAAAAAUGCGCUCAAAAGCUGACCGGCCUCAGUCGGAGAAAACUCAUGAUGGCGCUCGAUUGGACGUGCUCCAGAGCUCCAUUGACAACUCCGGCACUAAAGAGCGAGAAAGUUUACUUCUAGACCGAGACGGUCUCGGCGGAAAGUCACACGAAGACAAGGUUGAUUCUGGCAUUCGAAAAGCUACCGAGACCAAGAAGGAAAAAGACGGGUUUUUUGGGUCCAUUUUCGGGGGAUCCCGGCGAAAAGAAAGCAAAGACGGCGGCAGCAACAAGGGGAAGCAAAGGGUCACAUCGCCAGACCCCGUCCUGCGACUUCUCCGCCCGGAUAUUGACUAUCCGUACACAAGAUUUCCAAUCGUCGAGGAACGUGCCAUAUACCGGAUGGCGCAUAUAAAGUUGGCCAAUCCGCGCCGCGAUCUGCGGAGCCAGGUAUUAUUGUCAAACUUCAUGUAUUCGUACCUCGCGAAAGUGCAAGCGAUGCACCCCCAACUCAAUGUCCCUACUUCCCCCCACCAGAAACGGCAAGAAGAACGAAAACGCCAGGGACAAGAGUUACAACAACAACAAUACAUGGAGCAGCAUAUAUCGAUGCAGCAAGGCCACCAUUCGCAAGAUAGUGGUGACCAGUAUGUUUUCGAGUAUAGCACGUCAAGCAGUCAGUAUGGUGACACUGGACAGCGUAUCGGUGACGACAGAUCUCUGAACUACGUCGACGACGCCCAGAUAUUCGAAUACGACCAUGACGGCCCCCAGAGUGGCAAUUCUAUUGCGGGCAUCCCACCUCAGGAACAUUUACAGCAGCAACCACACCGACGUCACCAAGAUGGUGGUGGCCAGGAUUACGAACGCCAUUCUGUAAACAGGAAGGUGCGUGGUUAUUACGAUUAUGGCCACGCAGAUGAUGGUCACCAUAGCGAAAGCGAUAUGUGGGGAUGA